CGGCGGGUAGCGGCCGACGUCGGAGGGUUGCUGCGGCUUCUGGCGGGGCUCACCUUCAUACGUGGGGUAGCUUCCGGACUCUGCCAUUAAACCUGUGCGCGCCAUAUUUUCUCAUUUUCAAAAAACAUACCAAUUGCGCAUAGAAAAAAUGCCUGCUCACAACAUUGUCGUUCUCGCUGGUGAUGGUGUCGGCCCUGAGGUUGUCGCUGAAGCGAUCAAAAUUCUCAAGGUCAUUGAGAAGCAUACCGAUAAUACCUUCAACUUCCAGGAGCAUCUGUUUGGAGGUUGCUCGAUAGACGCGCACAACAACCCUCUUACCGACGAGACCCUCACAGCCGCAAAGAAUGCCGAUGCCAUCAUUCUCGGUGCCGUCGGAGGACCGAAAUGGGGCACGGGCAAGGUGCGCCCAGAACAGGGUAUUCUCAAGCUCCGCAAAGAACUUGGGACCUUUGGGAAUCUGCGACCCUGCUUCUUCGCCUCCGACUCGCUAGUCGACUCCUCACCCCUCAAAGCCGAAAAUGUGCGGGGCGUCAACUUCAACAUCGUCCGUGAAUUGACUGGUGGCAUAUACUUUGGUGACAGGAAAGAAGACGAGGGCGAUGGCAAGGCAAUGGAUACCGAGCCAUACAGCGUCGAGGAAAUUGAACGCGUUGUACGUUUGGCUGGCAACCUUGCCUCGGUCGAAGACCCACCAGUGCCUGUGUGGAGUUUGGACAAGGCCAAUGUGCUCGCGACAUCGAGAUUAUGGAGGAAAACAUUCGAGCGCAUCAUGAAGGACGAAUACCCGCACCUCAAGUCGGGCACCCACCUCAUCGACUCCGCUGCUAUGCUCAUGAUCAAGAACCCCCGCGCGCUGAACGGUGUUGUUGUCACAAGCAAUCUGUUUGGUGACAUUAUUAGCGAUGAGGCGAGCGUUAUCCCAGGCAGUUUGGGUCUUCUGCCAAGUGCCAGCUUGGGCGGCAUUCCUGAUGGCAAGACAAAGCUCAAUGGCAUCUACGAGCCUAUCCAUGGUUCUGCACCAGAUAUCGCUGGAAAGGGCAUUGUCAACCCCAUUGCGACAGUCCUUUCCAUAAGCAUGAUGUUCAAGUACUCCCUGUGUCUGCCGGAGCUUGCGCAAAAGAUCGACGAGGCAACAAAAAUCACUAUUGACAAUGGCGUACGAACCGCCGAUAUCGGCGGCAAGUCAAGUACAAGCGAAGUUGGCGAUGCAAUAGCUGCGGAACUGGAGAAGCUGUUGAAGAAGUAAUAUUGGAAUGUGAGAAUAAUGUGCUUAGUAUUUAGUCAUGAUUCUGGUCGAAUAAGGAUGCUUUACUCGUAGCCCUUUCCAAAAAAAAAAGGUUCAAUUUUACAUCUCUCCUCUGUGUAUCUUAGGCUAGCCUCAUCCGUGUACAUGUGAUUAAUAUGGAUCGCUUCUUAGCAAUACCUAAUAUGGAA